UGAGGAGCCCCACGUCAACGUGUUUCAACAUGCUUGUCGGUCCCGGGCCAGCCAUUGCGCGUCGCUUAGCGGGUGUCCGUCGAUGGCCGGGCCUGGCCUCCUUGAGCACGGGCCGAGUGCGUUGCUCGGAAAGACCCAACAUUCAGAAACCCCAACAUCCCGCCUUCGAUCGACUCAAGCUCCUCGCGCUGAGCGCCCCGUCCCACCCGCACCCGCAUCCGACUACGGCCACGCUCAAUCAGGCUUGUCCGCUCGAGCGGGAAAUGCAAGAGCUAAUGGUGAAGGAGCAGCCCAGUCCCCUGGAGGUGCUGUACGGCGAGGAGCUCCGUCAAUGGAUGGAACGCAGUCGCAUGGUGGGUUUGUACCACGCCAACGUCAUGACCUACUACCCGGCCCGCGCGGCCUUUCAAAAUGCCCGUCGUUUGGGCAUGGAGUUGAAGCAAUAUAACCUCCAGAGCGGCCUGGCCGGCUUAACGGACACUCGCUGGGAAAAUUUGCUCCAUUUCUGGUAUACCAACGUAUCCAAUCAAUACCUGACCUUUGGCCACGAACUCCAUCCCAAGCAAUUGCUAACCUUUGAGAAGAAAUCCCCGUUCUUGUUCUUGAUCGGUGCCGUGAUUGAAGGUCGCAUUCUAGACCGGGGCCAAGUUCAAGAGCUCACGGCCUUACCGCCGUUGGACGCGCUCCGCGGCGAACUGUGCUCGAUUCUGCAGAUGCCCGCCCGAAAAACAAGUUCGUUGGUGGGUCGUCAUUCGCAAGUUCUGUCCCAACACUUGGAACAAUACAUGAAGGACCAAUCCGGGUCCGAUGACCCGUAAUUGAAAGGUGAUUUAGCAUUAAAUGAAUAUGAAGAAUGAUCAAUAAAAGGAGCUGCUGAACAA